AUGAAGACUAUUAGUGGGUUAGGGAUUGGGUUGAGUUUGGUGUUUGGGUUUCUUCUAUUAGCACUUGUUGCAGAAGUCUAUUACCUUCUGAGAUGGAAGAAGCACAAGAAGAAAGUCACAAGCCAAGAGAGCGAAGAAGAGAAAGAAGAAGAAGAACAAAUUGGGUAUGCCAAGGAACUUAUUCAGCUCUUCUGCUUCAAGAAAAAGCCUCAGUCUUUACAGGCCAACAAUGGCGGAAGAGAAGGGGAAAUCUCGAGGAAUCAAGACGGGAGUGAAGAUUUAGAGCUUGGGUUGAUGAAGCAUUUGGGUGGAGGAGAUCUAGGGUUUGAAGCAGAGCUCAUGAAGCUUCAUAACCAGAGGUUUCUCUUCACAAUCAUGGAGGAGACGAAAGCGGAUUUGGAAUCUGAUGAUGGGAAAUCGAGAUUGGGUUCGAGAUCGAGAAGAAGGAGCCUGAGUGAUCUUCUAGCUGGAGUAAAUGACUGUAAUACCCCAGGAUUCACUCCAUUGGCCUCUCCUACUACGCUAAAGUCGUCAUCGCCUUUAGAGUCUUACUCACACCAUGGAUUCAAUCCUCUGUUUGAGUCGGACGGCGAGCACGAGUUUAACAAGUUUUUCAGGUCGUCGUCUUCCUCCCCUCCGCCGAAAUUCAAGUUCAUGAGAGACGCGGAAGAGAAACUGAGGAGGAGAUUGAUUGAGGAAGCCAAAAGGAGAGAGCAAAAAACGGAACUUUCGACUGUAACAGAGGGUUCGUUUCUGAAGUUCAUGAACCCCGCGACGAACAGAGAGAAGAAACAGAGUAAUCAAGAAUCUGAUAAAACGCUGUCGUUUUCUCCUUCUUCUUCUUCAUCAGGUACAAAUGUUAGAACGUUAAUCCAGAAAUCCACACUGGUUGUUUAG